CGCAAAUCAACAACAACUUUCUUCCGAGUAAUUGAUGUAGAAAAACAAUCAUCAUAAAAAAAAAAUUUGGCAUUGCAUGUGUAUUGUUUAUUUUCGGUGAUAAAAAAUACUGAAAUUACAAUACAUGACUCAUAAAUAAUAUUCAAACCGUGUUUUUGUUCAUUGAAUUGAUGGACCUUUUCAGAUUCAUUUGAUCGGUAGAUGAGUGUUGUUGGUGAAAAAAUUUUAGCAGUGCAAACGACCAAAACCAAAGAGAAAACAUAUUAAAUUACAGAGCGAUUUGUUGCGGUGAAGAAAAAAAUUCAAACGGAACUAUGGAAUCAACAUCCGAUGCCCGUACUGGCAAUAAAUAUGCCAACUUUCAUCUAAUGUACUUAAUUUUACAGCUUAUCGGUUUUACAUUGAUGAUAUUGAUGUUUUGCUGGGUAUUUAUUUAUCUCGGCGGAUUGAGUUGGUCAGCAACACCGAACAUUCAAUUUAAUUGGCAUCCACUUUUAAUGACGAUUGGAAUGAUUUAUCUCUAUGGAAAUUCCAUAUUAGUCUAUCGUGGUGUUCGAUAUGCUCGAAAACGUAGCUUGAAAAUUUCGCAUGCUUCAAUAUUUGGUGCAAUAAUGUUUCUGACAUUGAUUGCAGCUUGGGCCGUUUAUGAUUCACAUGUUUUAAGGACACCACCUAUUCCAAACUUAUACUCGUUGCACUCUUGGAUUGGACUUAUUGCGAUUAUUUUAUUUAUUCUGCAGUGGUUGGGUGGGUUUUUCUCAUUUUUGUAUCCAAUAAUAACGGCACAGCAACGUGACUCAUUUAUGCCAACUCAUAUUUACUUUGGACUUGCUGGAUAUAUUAUGGCAAUAGCAGCAGCAUUGUUGGGCCUAUGUGAAAAGGCUCUCUUUCAAAUGCCAAAAACGUACCCCGAAUUGCCUAAUGAAGCUGUUAUCAUCAAUACAAUAGGCAUAUUGAUAGUUACAUUUGCUGCGUUGGUCGUGUACUUAGCAACACAUCGGCAAUUUAAACGUCUUCCUUUGCCUGAAGACGCAAUCUUGUUGACCGGCCACGAUGAAUAAACUUUCUUAAACUUUUUCGACUUAAAUAUUAUACUUGCAUAAAAAUCAAAAGAAGACUAUAUACAUUAUACACGCACGAAAAUAUUGUGAUUUGAUGAAAUCCAAAUUUAUAUACUAUAUACUAUAUUUUAUAAAAAAAAAAUCAAUGCAACAA